UUUUAUGACAUUGACAGCUAACCUAACUUUGUCAUAUUAUGUGCAUUUUUGUAAACAGCAACACGUGAAUAUUAUUUUCACGUAAUUUAUAUUAAACAAUGCCUCAAUUCCACAUAGACGAGGUCUGCCCAAAAGACACAGUGUACCCUUUAGUUGUAAACUUCCAAAAUGGUUACGUAACACAGAAAUUAAAGACCGCAGACUGUUUACUUCUUGAAGACCAAAAUACUGGUAAAAGAACGGUUGCAACGGAGCUAUGCGACCUCAUUUAUAGCGGGGAAGAAGAACAAGAAGAAUUAGGUAAGACUUUCAUACUGGCACGUAACAAAACGACAGGAAAAGUGCGUUUGAUAGAGGCUGAAAAUAUUGAGCUAAAACCUUAUUUCAAAAGUGAUUUAGACACGACAGUGGCAGCAGAAACGAGUUACCUAGAGCUUAGCAGGAAGUUCGGCUCUAAAAAACAAAAACAAAUAAUGGAACAUCGUGAAAAAUUGAAGAUCAAUGUUCAAACGGUUACCGAGCAAAUGCAAAAUGUGACUGACAGCAUAACUGAAGACCAAAUGGACUUAUCAUCAUAUAACAAGUCUGAUUCCGAUGAGUUCUACAUACCACCCAUAAACAGAGACGCUGCAAAAGUCGAAGAAGUCUACGAUUUAGAUAUGAUACUGACUUCCGAACAACGUGAUAAGAUUUACUCGGAAAUUGAAGGUUCGAAAUACAUGGCCGAGCUCAAUCCGUUCUUAAAAUCUUUAGCUACAAAAGAGCUGUCGAAAACACAUACCGUAUUACUAGUGUAUGCACAGACGUUAUUGCAACUGUACUCAACAUUAAUGAAAGAUAUAAGUAAAAAGAAUUUCACAGCUUGCCCAUACUCAGCGACACUCAACGAUAUUGUCCUUAAAAAUUUCUUAAGCAACGUCAACGGUAAACGCGGUCGUUCACCACAGUUUAAAGACAAGUCUCUAUGUCAUGCGUUAGUUUUUAUAUUACUGAUUAAUAACUAUAAGUUUAAUUUUAACGACUUAUGUCAAGAAUUGAAGUUGACACAACGCACGGUAACAUCAAAGGUUGCGUUGACGGGUGCUACGUUAGUUACAACUGGUACUAAGAAGAUGGCACAGUUAAAGCUACCGUUAAGUCGUCCUGCGUUAAGAAGAAAAAGCUCUAAGUUCUAAAUAAAUUAGUUUAUA